AUGGGUCACUAUUAUCCAACCUCUGGAUAUAUCUACAAUAGAGAUGAAACUUUCCUUGACCAGAUGAAGGCUAAUGAGGGUGAAUGGGAACUGGCAAAGUUCCUGGCAUUGAACUUCACUCCAUCACAGAUGAAUCAGUUUCUCAAGCUCAAAUGGUUCAAAACUUGGGUUAAGCCAUCAUUUAAAUCAGAAGAUCAAUUGCUUGGGUGGAUGGCAAGUUUACCUCAUGGCUCACAAUGGUGCAGGACUACAGUAGAAUUCAAAGGCUGUAAAUCCAUACAUCCCAUUCAGCUCAUAUGGUGGGAUGCCCUCAAGGUCAUCAAGGAUCUUUUCUCCAAUCCCAUCUUUGCAAACUACAUGACCUAUGACCCAUACAUGGUCUUCCAAGGACCAGAAAGGGAGUAUAGUGAGUUUUUCACAGCAAUGCAUGCAUUUGACAUCCAAGUGCAGCUUCCUCAGGGUGCAACCAUCAUCCCCAUCAUUAUUGCCUCUGACAAGACCCUAGUGAUGAGGCACACUGGAGGGCUGGAAAUGCACCCAGUCUUUAUUAUGAUUGGCAACACCAGUCUGAUGUGA